CUCACACCGAAUGUUUCGAUAUUSACUCAAUCUACGUUGAAUUUUAUUUCACAACGACUUUACAACUUAGGGGUGGUUAUUCAGGACUGGAAAGUGCGUAACCGGGUCSAAACAACAAUUCGACGUCAUCGUACCCCCAAUCAGUAAGUUUUUGGAAACCAAUUUAUUUUGCCUAAAAUCUAAUUUAAUUCUGCUUGGGGGUGAAAGCCUUCGCUCCAAAAUUCGAAUCCCCCCACACAGUGACGUCACAACAUCAAGGGCGUUGCCAUCUGAUAGGCUAAAGAAAAGCCUGAAAGUACGUACCAGCAUCGGAACCCCCUACCAGGUACCGUAUCUCCGGUAGGUUGAGCACGAUGCUACGGCCCUAAUAGAUUUUGCUGGCUGGAUUCGAACUCUCUGGCUGCUACGUGCCUUCUGGUAAUCUUCUAGGUACGGUAUGUUGCAUGACGCGGUUCAGUAUCCGUGCUUUGUUCUCGUAUCCUGCUGCCGUUACGAGUACGAGUACCUACCGGACGUACGAUGGAACCAAGCCAUCGAUCGCGUCUUUCGUUGUGGUGGUGUCUUCUGGCUUUUUGGAUUGCGCUGAGGAUGAUGAGGAUUGUUGUUGUGUUGAUGAUCUCGAGCGCCGUAGUACUCGUAUUCGUACUCGUACUCGUACUCGUACUCGUAUCCCCUCUAUCUUUUCCCCACCGCUCUCGCUCCCCUCUUCUCUGCUUUCACACCCACAAAACCCCAGACACCCACGAACAACCAUGGCCCGAUUGUUCUUCUCCAGCCCCUCGCUGCUCCUAGCGGUGGCCGCCGCCGCCGCCACCACCGGAUCCGUUUCGGCCUUUGUCCCCAGCGCGGGAAAGACAAAGACCGCUGCCGUCGCUCCGAGCCCCCUUUCCGAAGCGACCCAGCUCUUUGCCUCGGACAUCAACUCGGACAUUCCCUACGGAGAGGAAUCCCGAAAGUACCGCCGGACCGUCUACAGCCACGACGACUGGGUCAAGCACCGAUCCCCCGAUCGAUUCUUCAACAACAUCUUGUCGACCACCAAGUCCGGAAUCUACAAGGUAAGGCGAGGCGAGAAAAGGCGAGAGAAGACGAUGCGAUACCAUCCAUGCAGCAGACAAACCGAUCCGAUGCGAGAAGUUAGCGGUCGAACAGAACCGCAUUUGCAGUGCAUACCUUUGCUUUUUUUUUCUUGGUUCGUUUCUAACAUUUCCUUCCGAUCCCUUUCGAUCCAACAACGAUGCGAUGUGUUGUUUCGCUGUCCCGGUCUCCAUUCCAAAUCUGCCCGUUCCCUUCCGCCCAUUUUUGAAAACGCAGAACGUCGGCCGUGAGGUCCUCGCGGUCACCCUCAUCGCCACCCUGGUGAUGCUCUGGAACAUGCUCUCGGGCGAAUACACGGACCUCACCGGCGCCGUCCACCCCGGGAUCCUCCGCGGCCAGUACACCCCCGUCCUCAGCCUCCCCAUGAACCCCUUUACCCUSUCGAGCAGUUUCCUGGGACUGCUGCUGGUCUUUCGCACCAACAAGGCCUACCAGCGAUGGGACGAGGCCCGAAAGAACUGGGGAAUGAACAUGUGAGUAAUGUAGUGUAGUGUAGUGCGUUGCAGCGCAAUGCAGUGCCUUUUCGGAUUCGAAUCCUGUUGUGUUGCCGAAGGUGCAUGUGUUUGUCGAACGAAUGUAUUGGAAAGAAUUGAAUCGAAUCGAAUCAAAUCGAAUCGAAUCGAAUCGAAUCGAACCGCGACUGAAAGCGAGGCGAAGCCAUCGGAACGGAAACCUCCAAAGAAACGGCGAGACAGAGAGCAAAUCCAACCAAUACGACGGAAAAACAACAACCAUCGGUCCGCUGCGAGAGAAACCACAGACACGCCACAAACCGGUACCGCUGUUAUUGGAAGGAAAGAGCGGAUUUCGGUGCGUCACAAAGCAAUGCAGCAAAACACAAUAUGCCGCCGAUCCGUUGGUCCKACCGAACUUGUGGACGGCUCCUUGGCUCCGGUCUGGUUUCCGCUGCCAACGACACUGCGGUGAAAGUGGUGAGGUCCGGACGAAACAGACCUGUCSAGGCUGUCGGAGGUAGCACGAAGGGUKGAAACGAAAGGAAUCCCCGAAAACAAGCCGCUGGAACAAAGCGGAACGGAAAAGUCGGUUGUCGGAACGUACCGCAACACAGAAACCAACCACCAAAUGCCGCCUUGCGUCUACCGAGAAGGCGACGACCGUGGUUUUUUUAUUCUAYGGAUCCGUUCAUCGCUUCGCCUCGUCUUGCUCUCGCACGAUCGAUAUCGAUACAGAUCGACCACGCGCCAACCAAUUCGAUCCGUCCCACRGGCUCUGCCACUUUUUUCCAGAUGUUCGUCUUGCUCACUCGCGAUCCGUUUUGUGUUUUUCCRCUUUCGUUUCCGCGCACCCUUUUGCGCCAAUCCCAUCCGGUGUUGCUCCYGCGGUGCUUGGUGUCUCGCAGCAACCACACCCGUGAUCUCGUCCGCAUGGGAACCUCCUUUUACGACGACAGCCAGUCCUCCCCCGAGCAGCGCGAGGCCGAUCUCGACCGCCUCUCCAAGUGCACCUGGGCCUUUGUUCGCUCCAUGAAGCGCCACCUCUCCCCCGAGUGGGAGGACGAGGAGGACUUCAAGGCCGAGCUCUACCAGCGCCUGGAUCCCGAGCAGGCCCAGGCCAUCAUCGACGCGGCCCACCGACCCAACCGCGCACUCUACGAUCUCUCCCUGGCCAUCGAGCAGCUCCCCAUGCACUUCAUCCGAAAGGACGAGAUGCACAAGGCCCUCACCAUCUUCGAAGACAACCUUGGAUCCAGCGAGCGCCUCCUCACCUCGCCCGUUCCCAUCUUUUACAACCGACACGUCGCACGAUUCUUGUUCGUGUGGCUCUCCUUCCUCCCGUUCGCCCUCUUUGAUCCCUUCAAGGAGUCCUGGAACCACGUCAUGAUGAUCCCCACGACCGCCAUCCUGAGCCUCUUUAUGUUUGGUAUCGAGGAGCUCGCCACGCAGAUGGAGGAGCCCUUCACGAUCCUUCCCAUGCAGGCCUUUUGCGACAAGAUCGGCAACUGGUGCAACGAGAUUGUGAGCUGGAAGGACGGCGACAACGGAAUCUACAACAAGCCACAAAACCAUAUGGCUCCCGGGCACAACUCGGUCUACUUCGAAGCCGAACCGUAAGCACCGACCGAAGCACCGCGGGUGGACGGACCGGCGAGAAGCCGAACGAACCACGCCAGCAACCACCUUUUUUUAGAAUAAGCGAAUAAGCUAACCCCAUCAAUGGACGACGACGAAAGAACCAUCAAACCAGAACGAGACCCCAACCCAAACCAUUGUUUCACCGCAAAACCAACCAGCAGUCGUGCGACUGUUUCGUUUGGGACGGUGAUUCAUUGCAAGAGUUGGUUUGUGUUUUGUUUUGUGUUGAUUCGAUGUUACUUUUUUACUUUAUACCACAAAUUUUAUAUUACUAUGCUCGUAAUGUGUUUGCACGGAUGGAUGGAUGAACGGAACGGAACGGAUAGAUCUUUGCAUCGCAUGAUUUUGCCCCACCCCAUGUAUCUUUUCUUGAUCCAGCACAUUACUUCAUACUACACAUUACAAUACACGACGAUACAUUCA